AUGUCUCUGGAGAUGGAGAAGACCAUCACCAAGCUGAUGUACGACUUCCAGAGGAACUCCACCUCUGAUGAUGACUCUGGCUGUGCACUGGAGGAAUAUGCUUGGGUUCCUCCUGGCCUCAGUCCUGAGCAGGUGCAUCAAUAUUAUAACUCCUUACCGGAAGAGAAGGUUCCCUAUAUUAACAGCCCUGGAGAGAAAUAUCGCAUCAAACAGCUGCUUCACCAGUUGCCACCACAUGACAAUGAGGUGCGUUAUUGUAAUGCGCUGGACGAGGAAGAGAAACGAGAGCUUAAGCUCUUUAGCAACCAACGGAAGAAGGACAACCUGGGCAGAGGAAACGUCCGUCCUUUCCCUCUCACCAUCAAUGGGGCCAUCUGUGAUAAGUGUGGUGGUCAAAUAAACGGAGGGGACAUUGUAGUUUUUGCUGCGAGGGCAGGUCAUGGAAAAUGCUGGCACCCUCAUUGCUUUGUCUGCAGCACAUGUGAGGAGCUGUUGGUGGAUCUCAUAUACUUCCACCAGGAUGGCAAGAUCUUCUGUGGCCGGCACCAUGCCGAGAGGCUGAAACCCCGCUGCUGUGCCUGUGAUGAGAUCAUCUUUGCUGAUGAAUGCACCGAGGCCGAGGGCAGACACUGGCACAUGAAGCACUUCUGCUGCUAUGAAUGUGAGACCACCCUCGGUGGGCAGCGCUACAUAAUGAAGGAUGGACGGCCACACUGCUGCAACUGCUUUGAGUCUCUUUAUGCAGAAUACUGUGAUGCGUGUGGAGAACACAUAGGUAUUGACCAAGGCCAGAUGACAUAUGAUGGGCAGCACUGGCACGCAACUGAGGAAUGUUUUUGCUGUGCCCGUUGCAAGCGCUCUCUGCUGGGCCGCCCCUUCCUGCCAAAGCAGGGGCAGAUCUUCUGCUCACGAUCCUGCAGUGCCGGACAGGAUCCAGAAGAGUCUGACUCCUCAGACUCUGCCUUCCAAAGUGCUCGUUCCCGUGAGUCUCGCCACAGCACCAAGGUUGGGAAAAAGGAGCGCAGGAAUGCUGAGCAGGAGCGUCGGAGUUCCGAGACCCGCCAGUCAGCUCCUCCACCAAUGCCUGACCGUCUGUCUGCUGAAAUCGAUCCCCUGUCUGUUCAGAUGGACCGUUUAAGCCUCUCAUCUAGCCAGACUCCAAGCAGGACACCUAACCGCACGCCUAGCCGCACUCCAAGUCGUGCCCCAAGCCUUAACCAGGUGUGGAUGAGCCGGGAUGACCCCUUCAUCCCUGCUUCCUAUGAGGGCCCCCAGCGGGAUCCCUCCCCCUCCCCUACACCUAUUCAUCUGCUGGGCCAGUGUAAUGCCAGACAGGGCUACAAUCCAAACGCAAAUGCUCAUCCACCAGCCCAGACUCCUGCCAACCAAGGAAAGAGGCCUGAUUCCUGGGGGAAGGAACAAGGUAAUGCCAAGAGGACCCCUAUGUCUGCCAUGAGAGGCCACUCCUUUAAUGAAAACUGGAUUCAGCACAGCCAGGAUGAGUUCAGACCCAACAAGCUGCGCACCCAGAUGAGCUUCAAUGAGAUGUCUAGCCAGAACCAGGGGUUCUCUGACAAGAGGAGCAUCAGUCUGCAUGGAUUCCAGAGAGACGGCAGGCCCCCACUUACCAGGAGGAACCCUAUCAAUGCCAUGAGCUUCAAUGAGCCCCUCACUCCUCUUGAGCAGACCCCUCGAGGAUCAAUGGACUCCCUUACUAUGUCCAAUGCUACAGGUAACUCUUUGGAUGGAGUCAGCAAGCGUCAGGAGCAUCUGUCAAGGUUCUCCAUGCCUGACCUGAGUAAGGACUCAGGCGUAAAUGUGUCUGAAAAGAGCAACAUGGGCACCCUCAGCUCCUCAGUCCAGUUCCACAGCACAGAGUCGCUGUCCUCCUCUCGCCCCUACAACAACAACAACAUGUACGCUCCACUGAGAGUCGGGUACCCACUGCAGUACUGGGAUGGCCCUCAGCCACUAGGCUUCGAUGGCAAAGGUCGUGUCGGGGUGAUGGGCAGCAGCGGAAACCUGCGGAUGGCUCCCAUGAGCGACAGAAUGCCCCGCCGACGUAUAAGUGCGCAGGAAUCUCACCGCAGUGGCCGCCACCACAAACGCUCUCGCCGUUCUCGCUCCGACAACGCCUUGCACCUGGUGGCAGAUCGGCCCACUCAAAUGGUGGAGCUACCCUACCGCCGCGUUCAGGAGGAUUACGAUCGCUUCCCUUCCGGUCAUGCUGCUCGGGAGUUAUUCGGUUUGGAGCCGGGCGGAUGCAGGCAACAGCCCCAUAGGCCCUGCCCCCGCACCACUUCUGAUCUUACCUUGCAGAAUGCUGGCUGGCAGCCUGUGGGACUGGGUGGGCCAUGCUGGGGCGACGGAUACAUGGAGGCUGCGGACCCCUGGUGCUCCAGCUGCUCCUCCUCUUCCGAAUCUGAGGGAGAUGAGGGUUAUUUUCUGGGUGAACCGAUCCCUCGGCCUGUGCAGCUGUGCUACAUCAACAACGAGGAGCUACGUCAUCGCUACAGCCCCUCUGGGAUGGGCGGCCAUCAUGGACCUCUGCACGGACCGAUUCAUGGCCAGCUGCACACCCGCCAGAGGAGGAAGAGCAAAAACUGCAUAAUUUCCUAG